AUGGCACCUGAACCAGAAGAUGAGAUCAAGGACGAGAAGAACCCCCGACCGCUUGACGAAGAUGAUAUCGCCCUUCUCAAAACCUAUGGAUUGGGGCCUUAUUCGACGAGCAUAAAGAAAGUGGAAAAGGAAAUUAAGGAAAUGGCAAAGAAAGUGAAUGAUUUAUGUGGCAUCAAGGAGUCAGACACUGGGUUAGCUGCACCCAGUCAAUGGGAUCUUGUCUCUGAUAAGCAAAUGAUGCAGGAAGAGCAACCACUUCAGGUGGCAAGAUGCACAAAGAUAAUUAAUCCAAACACAGAAGAUGCCAAAUAUGUUAUCAAUGUUAAGCAAAUUGCCAAGUUUGUUGUUGGACUGGGUGACAAAGUUUCCCCUACUGAUAUAGAAGAAGGCAUGCGUGUGGGGGUUGAUCGCAACAAAUAUCAGAUACAGAUUCCCUUGCCUCCAAAAAUUGACCCAAGUGUGACCAUGAUGACGGUGGAGGAGAAGCCAGAUGUGACAUAUAAUGAUGUUGGUGGAUGUAAAGAACAGAUUGAGAAGAUGCGGGAGGUUGUUGAGCUACCUAUGCUUCAUCCUGAGAAAUUUGUCAAGCUAGGGAUUGAUCCUCCUAAGGGUGUUCUUUGCUAUGGUCCUCCUGGAACUGGUAAGACACUUCUUGCAAGAGCUGUUGCAAAUAGAACCGAUGCUUGCUUUAUUCGUGUCAUUGGAAGUGAGCUCGUUCAGAAAUAUGUUGGUGAAGGAGCUAGAAUGGUUCGAGAACUGUUUCAGAUGGCACGCUCAAAAAAAGCAUGUAUUGUGUUCUUUGAUGAAGUUGAUGCCAUCGGUGGUGCACGUUUUGAUGAUGGUGUGGGUGGAGACAAUGAGGUUCAACGUACAAUGCUUGAAAUCGUCAAUCAGCUUGAUGGCUUUGAUGCUCGUGGAAACAUCAAAGUCCUGAUGGCAACAAACAGGCCAGACACGCUAGAUCCUGCAUUAUUACGUCCUGGACGAUUGGAUCGUAAAGUUGAGUUUGGUCUUCCCGAUUUGGAGAGUCGGACACAGAUAUUUAAAAUUCAUACGAGGACAAUGAAUUGUGAGCGUGAUAUCAGAUUUGAGCUUUUAGCCCGGCUUUGCCCCAACUCCACCGGAGCUGACAUAAGAAGUGUUUGCACCGAGGCUGGAAUGUAUGCCAUUCGAGCACGAAGAAAAACAGUGACAGAAAAAGAUUUCCUUGAUGCCGUGAACAAAGUAAUUAAGGGAUAUCAAAAGUUUAGUGCAACGCCCAAAUACAUGGUUUACAACUAAGCCAGAUUCUAUUUCAACUCCCAACUCUUAAAAGACAUGUUUUUCAUUCAAAUCAAACGAUAUUUGAUCCUUUAAUGGUCGAUGUAUUGAAUUAUAUCUUCAGUUCUGGCCUGUUUUCUAUGAAUUUGUUUAAGUUGUUUUAAUGGGAAUUUAACAUUUGCCUAUACAUUUUGAUA